AUGAAUGCCGUCAACUCCUUGUUUGGAGUUGAGCUGUUUCUUGCUCUGGCUGCUUUCAGGAAGUAUCAGCAGAGUACUCGCCCCAGCUACAAUACCAUAGCACUUUCAACAGGGGAUGGAUCCGAAGUGGCCGCGGCGCUGCGUCCGGUCCGGAACUCCCUCCCGCUCACGCCCCAUCUCAGGAAGUUCCACGUCCUGUCGGCGGAGUCGUCGCAUGAAAUCCAGCAAGAGAUGUGGAAUGAUGUGAUGGUGGCGGUGUGGAGAAAACAAUGUCGCAACAGUGCCGGGAAUCUUUUGACAUGUACCUACCCCCAGCAGGGCGAGUUCUGGAUCGUGGUAGGUCCGGCAUGGGAAAGCGAGGGGACGACUCGCCUGCACUCGGAGUAUACAGGAAUUUACGUAUCCAAGCACAACGUCGCUGUUGCACGGAAGGCCCGUUAUGAGGACUAUAAGUGCUACUGGCCGACUGGCAGCCGGAUCGAUAGGUUGGCUGGUCUGCUAGGCGUUGUGGCUGCAUGCCGCCGCUUUCAGGGACGGCGGCACGACGUGUCACGCGGUGCGGAGGAGGAGCCACCUCGCUGGGACCCCACCGCCCCGGUGUGGACGGCGGAGGACUUGGAGGACACCUCGGCGGGUCCUUCGGACAGCUGCCCCCACACGCACACGCUUGUUUACUUGCAUGCCUUCGGACGCUGUGGCAAGGAGUAUGUGCAGCCCUUGCUGGACCGUCUCUCACCAGGUUUCUCCAUCCCCUGGACCGCGGGUCCGGCUCGGGCCGGGGGCCUCCGCGUGGCGCUGCCCACGGCGCCAAAGGGGUCGUCGCCUACUCGACACCCGAGAAGUGGAGAGGGCCAAGGCGACAGCCAGUUCUCCAUCUCCGUGUCGCCUGUGGAAACAUCUUGGCACGAGCCCGGGGCCCGGACCUCUCUUCAAUGCAGCGUCGGUACGUACAAAAGGUAUGCGUCCGCCGACAGCAAUGAAGUCGGAGACGCGGCGCUGCUGGCGGAGCAGCGCCGGCGCCUUGCGAAGCUCCUCGAGGAGGAGGUGGACAGGCUCGGGGGCCGCGGCGAGCGGGUUUUCCUGGGUGGCCUGUCGCAAGGCUGUACGGCAGCCUUGGACAUCUACUUGCAGGAGGCUUGCCGCCUCCGUCUGGGCGGUUUUGUGGGUAGUGUGGGCUUCCUGCCGAGCGACGAGAUGGGAUUCCCAGGUGCAGAUGAGGCUCUGGACGCAUUGCUUGCAGACAAGGACCAAGCGGCACGACCGGUUGUCCUCCAAAGUGCUGAGGAUGACGAGUGGGUGCCCUGGGAGGAGUUGGUGAAGCCGUCUCUCGAACGCAUCUUUGGCCGAUGGCCCGGCUUCAAGCUGCGCAGCGUGCGAGGACGUGGGCAUGUGGUCGAACAGUGGGAAGGCGACCUCCUAAACGAGUUCAUGAAGGAGCACGCAGUGGAGGCAUACAACGCCUGA